CGUUCAAAUCACUGGUAUGUUCAAUUUCAGUUCCCGAUUCAUGGGGUCGUUUACCUUUUGGCCUAAUGUGGGGCCACACCAUAAGCAUGGGUCAAUUUGAGGAAUGUAUUUCUAUUUCUCGUGCCUUUGACAGCGAUUAUCUGCUUAAAGGAAAAUAUUGUUUGACAAAACUUCCUAUUAAAGGUUUCGUUGAGAAAAUAAACAAAACUUCUGAACUUAGUAGAGCCAUCAGUUACAAGAAAAAAGAUCCCGAAUACUUUGAAUUAGGUAUCUGUGUGCCUAGUUCGUGUUCAGCAAAUAUGGCAGAUAACUUACUUAAAACUAUUAUCAAAACAAUUUUCAAUCAGGACAUUAAAGGUAACCGAACGAUCGAUGAACAAUACUGCAAAGUUGAUGAACCGAUAAAAUUACGCCCUAUUGAUAUUUUUGCCAUUGCUUUUAUUUUGUUCAUCGUUUUCUGCAUGAUGGCUAGUUCGAUAUAUGAUUACAUUCAAACCAAAAAAGGAAGCCGCAAACAUCCGUUAUUUUUGGCUUUUUCCGUUUUAACAAAUGCUAAAAAGGUUUUUUCCGUUAAACAAGUCGAUAGCCCUGAUGUGAUACAUUGUUUUAACGGCAUACGGUGUUUCUCGAUGAUGUGAGUUUGAAUUAAUAUUGUACGCUUCGAUAUCUGUAAUUUUAUUUCUGGAGUCCACAAUUUUGCGCAUCGAAGAAGCAAUUUUUUGUUCAAAAAAAGCACAACCAAUAAAAAAGUGCAACCCAUCCUUCUAUUACUCUGAUAACGAAAGAAAGCUUUCAAAAACCUUAAACUUAUUAUUAAGCUUAAGUUUAGUUUACGGACAAUAAUUUAUUGAAAAACAGUUAAUAUUAAAACAAUGAAUUGAUUAUAUAUCAUAUGAGUUUGUUGUUCGCAUAAUUCGCUAGUUAG